CGCUUGGUUCCCCGGGUCGGCUCCCUCCCCCCCAUUUGUUGCUCCGGCAGCAGUAUUAGAACCAAUGCAUCACAAAGAACAAUUGGAAGGAGGCAAAAGCCAGUCUGCGGGGGAAAAUCUGGCGUGAUUAAGGACUGACCCACACAAUUGUAAACAGACGGACUCACAGACUGGCUUUAGAGGGGGAGGGGAGGGGGGGGGGGGGGGGGGCACGGUGUCUAAAGACAAAGUCCGCCUUAAAUGCAAUACGGAGCUCUCGGGCUGAUUGGGAUUGCAGCGGAGCACGUUGGUUGUGGGCGAUCGGACGAGAGAGGCGGUGAAUGGCACCGUGUUCCCGCAGAGACCGGGUCACCGGCUGCAGAGCCCUGGGUGGGAGGGAGGUGCAUCUUUCAAACCGCGGAGGCGAGUUAUCUCUAGGCUGACGUCGGUGGUGGAAGGGAGAGCCGCUGCCAACCAAUGCUCGCCCUCUGACGGCGUCAGUAGUCCGAGCUGUGCCGGAAGGAAGGAAGGAAGGAAUCUCCAGCAUAGAGAGAGAGAAGGAGUGGGUGCUCGCCCGGCAGCAGCAGCAGCAGCGGCGGCGGCGGCGCGAUGUGUCUGUGAUAGCGGCCGCAGAGUAUCCAUGGCGUGGCGGGGGUAACCGGGACCCCGGUCUCCUGCUGCUAACCGGCUGCUGCCGUCUCUGCCUUUAGUUUCCGCAAGAUUGACGCAGUACACAAAAAAAAACCCAAAGUUGUUGUUGUUGCGGAAUGGAUGAUGUUGUCUCCAAGUUGUGGGCAGCCGGCAUGGGGAAGGCGCUGCUGAUUGUGGCCAUGGCCGGCGGGGUGUGUGUCCUGGCGGAGCCCAACAUCACAGCCCCCGCUCCCGCUCCCUACUAUGUCAACAUCGGCGACGGCUCCGCCACACAGUUCGACUUCCCCGAAAACACCCAGGGUAUUAUCGUGGUCUCCAGCCGAUACCGAGCGGCCACAGACAAGGGCUGCACCCGACUGACAGUCGAGUCUCUGGAUCAGGAUGUGCUCAAAAUCAUCAACGUUACAGAUGCCGAAAACAGUGGGCUGGUGAAAAGUUACAUUGUCAGCAUUCAGUCCAGACUGGCCGGCACCGCGCCGCUCGUAAUCAGGCUGCAAGACGUCGCCAGGGUGAAGCCACUGACCGUGGAGAAGCGGACAGAUUACAUCAUUAAAGUGUCGCCCACAAACGAUGCAAUAAGUUACAGUGGUCUGGCGCAUUUCUCUGAACACCCACUCCUUUACUUUCUUUUACCAUUGAUAUUUAUAAAUAAAUGUGCUUUUGGCUGUAAGGUGGAGAUAGAAGUCCUUCGAGGUAUUCUGAAGCAGCCACAGCCUGUAAUUCUGGGCGUGAUAGGACAGUUUGUCAUCAUGCCCUUGUAUGGAUAUAUUUUAUCCAGGAUCUUUUCUCUGCCUAAAGCCCUUUCCCUUGGUCUGGCAAUUACCUGCUCUGCCCCAGGAGGAGGGGGAGGUUAUCUUUACAGUCUUCUUCUGGGAGGGAAUGUAACCCUUGCUAUUUCCAUGACCUUGAUUUCCACUUUGGUCGCCACUGGUAUGAUGCCACUUUCAUCCACAAUAUAUAGCCACAUUCUCAAUGUUCAUGAAACACUUCAUGUGCCAUUUACCAAGAUUCUGGUGACAUUGUUGUUCAUAGCUAUUCCCAUUUCGACAGGAAUGUUAAUCAAGUAUAAAUUGCCACGGGUCAGCAAGUUCUUACUUUUGUUUAUUCAACCUCUCAGUUUUAUAUUGAUCAUUGGAGGACUCUUCAUGGCUUAUCAGAUGGGAGCUGACAUACUUUACAAUGUGCGUAAAGAGAUCAUUCUUGCUGGAGUUGCUGUUCCUGUGUUUGGACUGUUCAUUGGAUAUCUCAUGGCCUAUUGUUUAAGAUUGCCCGUACCUUUGUGCAAAACAGUCAGUAUAGAGAUUGGAGUCCAAAAUAGUCUGCUAGCUCUUGCUGUACUUCAGUUGUCCUUCCGCCGCAUCGAAGCAGAUUUUGCCUCGCAAGCUCCAUUCAUUGUGGCUCUGAGCAGCACUUCAGAAAUGCUGCUGAUUGUGAUUGUUCAUUUCAUAUACAAAAAACUCAGGCCCAGCCCAGUCUCUGAAGACAAUGGCUUUAAAUCUUAACCCUUCUUGGAUUUGUUCCAAUAAAGCAAAUUCGCUGCACUGCAAAUGUAUUUGAAAUAUUUUUGUAUUGACCUAUUUUCUAAAAUGAGAGUAUAUAGCUACUGCAGUAACUUAAUAUGUUUACAUGGCUUUCCAAAAUGAGCCACUUUCAUGUUUUUUUUGUUGUAAGCACAAAUGGACUAAUUGGAAAGAUUUUGGUGUGUUAAAAUAGGAACUCUGGUGUCAUCUAGUAUCUAAUUUCAGUGGAAUUCAGCUGUAAAAUGUUCUUGUUGAAGAGAAGAAAUGUCUUUAAUUUUUUUUAAGUGUUCUUGCUUUAAAAUAGCGGUGACAUUUUCUUUUUUGUGCAACAGAUUGUGCAGUGGCAGUUCCUGCCCCCAUUAACAUUAACGCCAUGACAUUUCAAAUGCGAGCAAUACUCUGGGACAUUGCCACCUAGGCAUAAUAAGGAUUUCAGUAUUGUCGGAAAGGCAAUUGUCAGUGUUUUCUGCUUUGAAUGGUAAUUGGCAACAUUGUCUUAAAACACAGGUGUUUAAAAAUAUAAUAAUUAUUUUUGUAAAAUUGCACAGAUUUUUCAAUGGGCAAAUUCUCAUUGGUGGGGGUGAGUAGCAUUCUUUGCUCAUGAUCCUGCAUCAAUUGGACUCCUUUGCAAAAUGUUUGAUAUUGACUGCUGCAUCCAGAAGUGGCAAAUUAAUAUAGAGGUACUUUUUUUGUGGAGCUUGGUAUCAAUAAGAAUGCACACUUUAAAAAAAAAUGCACUCUGAGCUUCAAUCUGUAUCAUGGCAUUUAAAUGAAAUGUCUUUGACUUUUUGCUAGUGCACUGGUUAGAAUUUUCCCGCUGAUUCCUUGCCUGUGGCCAUUAUUCAAGUGUGGGUGAUCAUGAUGCACAUUACUGCUUGAUUUAUUCAGAAUACCUCUGUCAAGUCCAAUUAUAUCCUUGCAUGUGAACUUCCCAAGAAAGGUCAUUGAAUAGUAAUUGGAUCACUGCAUCAUCCUCGCCUCAAUCUUUCUCCAGCAAAAAUUUGGAAACUUUGUCAUGCCACUAUCAUUACUGAGAUCGGUUACCAUGCCAAAGACAGCAAGGCAAGUUACACACAUAUCUUUAACUUUAAAAAAAUAAUUAUCUCUAAGUAACAUUUCCUUUAAAAUUUGAUUCCUAUUUUUAACUUGCACAAGAAAUCAACAUAGUUUGUAACGCUGGAUUUGAAGCAAUGAAUUAGUACGUGUCAUCAGAGGUUAUUUUGUGCAGUCCAUUUGCUGUUGACUUAAUUAGCUAGCAUUUUUUCAUAAAACAAUUUUUUUAGAUAAUAAUAUGAAUGUAGAAUUGCUUUUGAAUUUUUUUUGGGGGAAACUUAUGUUGUCAUGGAGAAAAAGUAUUUUGACCAACACCAGGUACAACAUGCAAAUGCACUUUUACCAUUAAUAGGGAGAGUUACACUUAUUCAAGAUAGUUUCAAUUUGGAUUUUAAUUUUGUUUUCAGUUUCCCUUUUUCUGCUGAAGACAGCUACAAUAGGUUGUGCAAUUAUUUUCUUCUGUUCGUAUUUUGUUAUGUAAACUGCAAUUCGCAAUCCAUUUUGUAUUGCAUAUUCUGCAUUUAAAUAUGUUUAUUAAGUAAAUUUUGUGCUGAGAAACAA